CUCCUCCUCCUCUCUCUCUCUCUCUCUCUCUCUCCCCCCCUCACAACAUUCCAAAGAACUCUCUCCCUUCUCUCUCAACAUAUAUACCAAAGCAGUAAAUAUCCCUCUCACUCAACAUACAAAAGAACUUUCUCUCUCUCUCUCUCUCUCUCUCUCUCUCUCACACACACACACACAGACUCACACAACAUACAAAGAACUCUCUCUCUCUCACUCUCAAAUAUAACGACACUCGCUUUCUCUCUCUCUCUGUCUAGACAUGGAGAUGGAACCAAGUACACCAGUUAUAGCCAAAAAAAUGUGGAACAUAGUACGGGUACUGUUCUACAUGUUGAGGAAAGGCAUAUCAAAGAGCAAACUAAUGGCUGAUCUUCACAUGAUGCUGAAACGCGGCAAGAUUGCCGCCGGCAACCUCAAGCUCCACCACCACUCCGCCUUGAGUUGUCGGUCGGACGACGUACGCUUCUCCUUCAUCUCUCCACAAGAGUACGAGUUCAGCUGCAGCAACAGCCCUGUUUAUCCCUCGUACCACACAAGGCGCAAAAGCCACCACUAUAACCACCACCGCCAAGGCCACUACCAAAAUUCCGACGACAUAAACAUCGUUCAGAAGGUGAUUGACAUGCUGAAUAAUGAGAUGGCCGUGGAGGCAUCCCCGUUAACCCUACCGGGGUUCGGAAAAAGCCCGAUGGUGAGGCAGUUGAGGAUAACGGACUCGCCAUUUCCAUUGAAAAAUGAUGAUAAGGAUGAUGGUCAAGUGGACAAGAAAGCUGAAGAGUUCAUAAAGAAGUUUUACAAGGACUUGAAGCAUCAAAAGAGGAUGGCUGCCCUACAAUCACCAUCACCAUUCCACCUAUGGGCCCGAUGAUUAUCAUAUCGAAUUUCUGGUGAAUUUGUUUUGAUUCCGGGCUAGGGUUGAAUGAUUUGUGCUGAACGUACAAGUGCAUGCCAAAUAUCUACCACACCUGAGUGAACUGGUUACUAUUUGCGACAUCAAAUGAAGUCACAUGAUUUUGGGCUUGACCAUGCUUAUUUACUUUCUAAUAUAUAUAGUCAUGUGACUUCUUUUGAUGCCACGAAUUAGGGUUAAUUUGCUUGUGGAGUGCAAUGGCUGCAACACCAAACAUAACAUUCUCUCUCCCACGAUAAUUAAUCUUUUUCCUUCUCUCGAUCUUUUUUUUUUUUUUUUUUUUUCUAAAUGUCAAUGUUUGACAAUAAAGAAUGACUGGUUCAUGAGUUC